AUGGGAGGUCAAACCUCUAAGAUUGGUAAAUGUUGUUGGAAUUCAUUACACACCACUGCUCCUGCUCCUCUUGAUGUUGGAAACCAAGAGAAUGGUGAGGUGACAAGGGAUGUGCUGUGUUUUCGUGAAUUCACACUGGAAGAGCUUAAGAUGGCCACCUCUGGUUUCGCUAUGGAGAACGUUGUAUCUGACGAUGGACAAACAGCUCCAAAUGUUGUCUAUAAAGGGAAACUGGAGAAUCAUACCAAGAUUGCUGUCAAGCGCUUUUCUCGAAUGGCCUGGCCAGAUCCACGCCAAUUCCUUGAAGAAGCAGCAUCUGUUGGUCAGCUACGCAGCAAAAGAAUGGCCACUUUACUCGGUUGUUGCUGUGAAGGCUGCCAUAGAUUACUUGUGGCCGAGUUUAUGCCUAAUGAGACAUUAGCCAAACACCUUUUCCACUGGGAAACACAACCGAUGAGAUGGGAGAUGCGACUUCGGGUUGUUUUAUACCUUUCAGAAGCUCUCGAGUAUUGUAGUAACAAAGGACACACUCCGUAUCAUGAUCUCAAUGCUUACAGAGUUUUAUUUGACCAGGAAUGCAAUCCAAGACUUUCAAGUUUCGGGUUGAUGAAGAAUAGCCAGCAUGGCAAAAGUUACACCACAAAUCUUGCUUUUGCCUCUCCAGAGUUUAUACCAACUGGGAGAAUCACAGCAGAGAGUGUGAUUUACAGCUUUGGCACUCUUUUGCUUGAUCUUCUCACUGGAAAGCAUAUUCCUCCCAGCCAUGCCCUUGAUUUGAUUCGAGACGGAAAUCUUCAGACGCUAACCGAUUCCUGCUUGGAGGGACAAAUUUCCUACAGUGAUGGCACGGAGUUAGUACGCCUGGCAUCUCUUUGCCUUCAGUAUGAGGCUCAUGAGCGGCCAAACAUCAAAUCAUUGGUCACUGCACUGAUAUCUCUGCAGAAAGACACAGAGAUCCCGUCUCACGUUCUAAUGGGUGUGCCUCAAAGUGGUAAUCUCGUGUCACCUCCAUCUCCUUUUGGUGAGGCCUGUUCGAGAACAGACCUGACCGCUAUGUUUGAGAUCUUGGAUAUUAUUGGAUACAAAGACGAUGAAGACCUUUCGUUUCUGUGGACGGACCAGAUGCAAGAGGCUGUGAACUCCAAGAGAAAAGGCGAUAUUGCGUUUACACGGAAAGACUUUAGUAAAGCCAUUGAGUUUUACACGCAGUUUCUUGAUUUGGGAAUUAUCUCUGCAACAGUCUUUGUGCGGCGGAGUCUAAGUCACCUAAUGAUGAACAUGGCGAAAGAAGCUUUAGAUGAUGCAAUGAAGGCUCAAGGCAUUUCUCCACUGUGGUACGUUGCAUUGUAUCUCCAGUCUGCUGCUCUUGCUGCCCUGGGAAUGCUCACGGAAUCCCAAAUCGCACUUACCGAAGGGUCCACUCUUGAGGCCAGAAAUAUUUCGGCUUCCACUCAGAACUAA